AUGGAUCGCCUCGCCCGUCUCGCGGAGCCGAUGUAACAUACUUUCUUUAAAACCUAGAUGCUGCUCGUGAAAGGUUCUCCCUCACAUGCUUCCUGGAUCUUUCCGCUACCUAGUUACUUAGUCUAAUCUUGUCUUACAUCGAUUAUCGCUGCCGUCUUGGCCUUAAACUCUGUGAGCAAGCAAGAGUCUCGUGAGAGAGACCACGCGCCACGCAGUAUACGCAGAUAAGAAUUUGGCACAUCCAAUUUAUGACAAGUUGAGAUUUCGGAUAGAGUAGAAUUCUAGAGUCUAGAGUCUAGAAUCUACCUAUAAUCUCACCCGACUUACGUACAUCUCAAGGAAACCUUAUACGAGCUGCCAAAUCAAGUAAACUCCAAAAUAUUGAGUUAUACAUUCGUUCCAUAUUAUUACGAGCUUUGAUACACAUAAGAAUCUAGAUCUGCUUACAGGCUCAUCUUGUCGAGUUUACGCAUCUUAAAAAGAGGGGGAGCAUAAUGCAAUUUACCAUGGGCCGUCCUACGGAUGCCCGUCACCAGUCCGUGUCAACUAGACAAAGUGUCGUUAAACCGGAUCCAUACAAACAGAAUAUCAUCAAACAGCAUAGACACAAGUCGCAGCCCUUCGAUCCCGAUGAUUUACGUCGACGGUUAUACGUUGUUAUCGCUGAACAAGAAGCGGCGAAAGAGAAGAGGAAAAGAAGAGAAAGGUUAGCGGAAGUAGGAACAGUUUCAACGCAGAGCAAAGACCACGAUACACCUAUAAGUCGACCAGAAUCGACGAAGCCAGGACCUAACGAAUCGAGUUUCGCGGCGAGGGUGACGAGGCGCAAAUCCAUGUUGUCGGAUCCGCCUCCGCCUCCGAAGGAGAGCAGUAUUCAACCACCCGAACCAAAGACCGGACGUUCGAUGUCCAAAUCGAUCCAAGACAAGCUACGGCGGAAAUCUGUAAUUAAAUCAGAGCCGCCACCAGCAUCAAAAACAACAGACAAAGCAUCACAAACACAGGCUCAAACACAACCACAACCACCAACUUACCACCAUGUUCCCCAAUCCGCAGCCGCGCAGUUCGAAAGAACAACAACAGUAAACGGCAUGCGCGACCGCAACCUCUCACACAGCCUCUCCCAAUCCGGCCUCAAACACCACGCCAAAGACCGCGCCUCGCCGGACCCGACACAGCAACAAAGCCAGAUCGCCCUAGAGCGCGCCAACAGCAACAGCAGCAAACCACACUUCCAAAACCCCUUCCAAAACAACGCGCGUCCCAUAUCCGCCUCCUCGCACGCAGACCACGAAGACAUCGCGCCGCAUUUCCGACGACACAGCAUCAUCGGGCUAACGCAAGUCAAGAUGCGGCGGCGCAGCAGCGCGAUCGGGAAUAUUGCCGAAGACGAGUCUACGACGCAGACGUUCACCGUGGGCCUGCACCCGGUCCUCGGCGUGCCGAUCGAGGUCCCCAUCGACGAGAUCUCGUCGGAGGAAACGCUCGCGGUUCCUGGGAACCCCGCGGACCAUCGUGUUGAUUGGACGCAGAGCGAUGAGGUGGAUGUUAAGCCGCGCUCGAGGAUACCGCUUUUGAGGAAGGCGGAUUCGCUUUGGGCGCUGAAGGGACGGCUGGGUGGGCGAAGUGGGAGUUUGAGUUUGGGGGGUGGGAAGGGGGAGAAGUUUGCAGCGGGAGGGGGGGAGAAGAAUCGUGAGGAGGGGUUGGGGACGAGGUUUUGGAGGUUGGGGUUUUUGACGAGGUUUAAACGGUAGAUGGAGGUGGUGAUGGUGAUGUUGGGGAGAGGGGGGAGGGAAAUGGGAAAUGGGAGGAGAGUAAAGGAAAGAAAG